AUGACUGACUUAAUAGAAUAUUCUGAAUGGAUUCCAAAUUCAACUUUUUUUGAUUAUACCCCAAUGGAAACUAACUAUUGUGAGAUGGAGGAGACCUUCAAAUUCAGCGCUACAUUUACUUGCAUCCUUUAUUCUCUGAUCUUCUUCUUCAGCCUGCUAGGAAAUAGCCUUGUCUUGUGGAUUGUAAUAAAAUAUGAAAAUCUCAAGUCCUUAACAAACCUCUUCAUCCUGAAUCUUUGCAUCACUGACCUGACCUUCUCAUGCACUCUGCCUUUCUGGAUUGGAUAUCAUUACUAUGGAUGGAUUUUUGGUGGCUUUCUCUGCAAGGCUGUGAGUGCCAUAUUUUCUAUCAGCUACUAUGGUGGUGUCAUCUUUCUCACCAUCAUGACUAUCCUGCGGUACCUGGCUGUGGUUGAUCCCUUAUCAACAAUGAGAACACAGACAAAAAAAUGCGGCAUUCUGAUGAGCAUAGCCAUUUGGGGCAGCAGUGUAAUGGUCACAGUACCUGAGACAAUUUUUAUCCAAGUCAUAAAUGAUCCUUAUGGCAGACAGCACUGUGAUUACCAAGAAUCAUUCAUAUGGAAACUGGUAGAGAUGAGCCUGCAAGUAACAUUUUUCCUCCUAUCUUUUCUUAUUAUUGUAGCUUGUUAUAUUGGGAUGCUUAAGAUUCUGCUUAGAUCAAGGUCUCAAAGGAGGCACAGAACUGUGAGACUCAUAUUUGCCAUUGUGGUGGUCUUUUUCCUGAGUUGGGCCCCUUACAAUGUACUUAAGUUUGUGUACGUUUUUUCUAUUCAGCAUGUCAUCGAGCCAGAAUGUCAAACUCGCAAUCAUAUCUUCUUUGCUUUUGACAUCAGCCGCAAAAUAGCCUACUGUCACUGCUGCAUCAACCCAAUUCUCUAUGUCUUUGUUGGAGUGAAAUUCAGAAGACAUCUGAAACUCUUGUACAAGCAGUUCUUCCCUUACCAUGGGAGAAUCCCUCCCUCCAGCUCAAGAAUGCAUUCAUCUCAUUUGGGUCCAUAUGAUGAAGCGUCCAUGUACUGAAGCAAAGAUCCUGGACAGGAUGAGAUGCAUAACAGGACAACCAACAUGAGAAGCUCAACAGAAUAACUGACAAGGUCUUCAGAUACGCAAAGUGCAGUUUC